AUGCAGAUCCGGCCUCGCGUGACAGAGCCUCAAGUGUACUACGAGGAAGAGGACAAUCAGGCUGCGGAGGACGAGUUCGACACUGUGGCGGUUUAUCAGCCACGCACUCGCGCGCUUCCUUCGCCACGAUCUAAAGAUGCGUUGCACGGAUCGAAGCCGCCACCAGUGCAAACAAUCAGGAAUUAUAAUAAAGUUAAUGACGACGGAUCCUUCACCUUCGGCUACGAGGCGGCCGAUGGUUCCUUCAAGGAGGAGACUCGCGGUACUGACUGCGUCGUGCGUGGCAAAUACGGCUACAUUGAUCCGGACGGCAAUAAAAGAGAGUUCACUUAUGUCUCGGGCAAUCCCUGUGACCCGAACGCACCGAAGGAUGAGGAAGAAGAGGAGCCCGAAAAGGAAGAGGAAGAGCUCUCUGGACCGGCGAAUUAUCCCGUUAUCAGGCCUGUACCUCGACCUGUCUCAGUGAGACCCACGUAUCAACCGACCACUACUCGUGCACCCACUACGAUUUUCCAGACCGAGUACCAGCUUGACGACGAUGCCAGUCAGGAACUGACCGAGGAUGAUCUGAAGCCGCAGCUACGACCAUCAGCCUUUAGAAGACCUUCGACCUUGGUGCAAGUCACGCCCUCCACCUCCAUUUACGAAUCUUCGCCGUCCUCCAGUCCGUCUCUUUUUAGGCUAGCUUCCACCCCGGCCCAAUAUCAGACUACUGCGUCGCCUGUCAUCCGUAGCCAGCCUACAGUCACUUCGAACGUUUAUCAAUCGCUCGACACCACCACUCGCCGGCCGGUGACCCGUCAUCCCUCAGUCAGGGCUCAGUCGGUUGCGAUAACCCCACGACCCCACGUCGCCCAAGUAGCCGCGCAAUAUGUCUCCCCUAGUAGCACGGAACGUCCCAACAGUCUGCUCUACGCCCAGUCCCACCCCACGGUAUCACCAUUGCGCACCACGACCGCCGCUAAUGCGCCCCAUCUCGACUUUGCCGCCGAACUCGAGCGUUACGUGAACACGGUCGGCUCACACGUUUCCGCAGCCCCUGUUGCGAGGCCCCAGACCGCCCAAGCAUCGCCCCAAACCAGUUCGAGGGUUAAGUUGACCGGUCAGACAUCGGUCACCGCCACCUCCUCAGCCUCUGAGCCCAUCUACCAAUCGGAGCUCGUGUAUGAUCCCGCGACCGCCCAGCCCCAGUCCCUCCUCGGUCUGCAGCAGCUGCAGCCGUACCAGCAGGCCCAGCGUCCGGUCUACAAGCAGGCCCAAUCGGCGCCCACUCCGACCAUAGCCCAACCUCAGGAGGUGCUCUACAGGAAGCAGCAGAGCCAGCUAUUGCAGCAAUCCCAGCAACUCUAUGCACAACAACAACGUCGUCAGCAGCAGCAGCAGCAACAGCAACAGCAACAACAACCUCACAGGCUCCAGCUGCUGGAGUCGCAGAGAGAACCUCAGGCGUUCUACUACGUCGCGCCCUUGAAGGCCUCCGCUGCCCCUUCGUCCCUUUCAGUAGGUCAGAUCGAUCAGUUUCUCCGAGGUAGCCGCGCUAAUAAUAACUACUGA